CUCGGGGUUUUUAUUGAUGGAUCACUAUUAUUAAUAAAUGUAUUACCAAAUAAUAAUUAUUUUUAACAGAUGAUGGUAAGUUGGUAACAGAUGAAAUUUCAUAUCAACAGAUGACUUUUAGUAAAAUUAUAAUUGACUAUAGUCAAAUCUUUGUGAUAUUAUUGACUAGUAUUGAUAUACAAUUAAUUUCAUGAAAUUAUUUUUUAUUAGUUAUUAAUGGACUAGAAUUAGUCUAAUGUUUGUGAUAUUGUUGACUAUUAUUAAUAUACAAUUAAUUUUAUGAAAUUAUAUUUAUUAAUUAUUAAUUAUUAAUUAUUAAUUAUUAAUUUUAUGAAAUUAUUUUGUAUUAUAAAGAUCUACGUAUAUGUUAUUAGAUUAAAAUAUAAAAUGCAUGUUGUUAAAAGUUUGUUAAGUAAAUUUACAUCAGUCAUUGGUUUACAUGGUGUGCCAUAACAGAUGAUUAGUCUACUCCCUGACAUUAGUCGGAAGGUAUUCCAAACUCGGAUCAGGCAGUGUGGUACGCUUUCGGGCUAGUCCACUCUGUAUCACUAAGUGCGUUCUUCCCGGGACCGACCAGAUCAGCCGAUAGAAUUUAUCAAAAAAUAAUAAUAAUAAUAAAUAAAUAAAUCUAAAGGUGUUACCGGCGCUGGCUUUAUUUCCUUGGUGAGUUGUGUUUGAACCGAGUUUGGUUGGGAUUCGGUUAGUUCAAAGGCAUUUUAUUAGAUCGAGAAAAGUUUAGUUAACAAAUGAAGAAAUAAACGCAAGAGUAAACUGGUGCUCGGAGAGCUAGCCGAGAAAGUACAAGUCAACGAGAAUACAAUAAGUAAGAACUCUAGUUUUUAUCCUUCAAGUAUGUGUGUAAAUUCUCGAAUCCCACUCUUGCUGACCCUCCUCUUCCUUAUAUAAGAUGCUUCCUUCCCAAUGUCUUAGGUCGUCGUGUCCUAAUGGCCUUGAUCCCGAUCGGCGGGCCGAGCAACUGGGCUUUCAAGCCGAGCUGAUGUGCUUUCUUUGGAUGAGUCGAUUGAGACGGUCUUGAGCUGAGCUUGCGCUCUUGGUCGGGAUCGCUCAGCCGAGCUAGUGCCUUGGGCCGGCUUAGCAGGCCAAACUUUCUAUUUGACGGACCUUGUAGAAGGAUGUAAUCCAUCUCGUACAGGUUGACGGCCAAUGUUGUUGUACUCAUUGCUUAAUUGCGUUUAUGGAAUGUUUUCUUUCCUGAAUCAAACUAAAGACAAGAGAUUAUUAAUAUUGCAGGAUACUCAUUGUUUCAUUGCGUUUAUGGAAUGUUUCUUUUUCUGAAUCAAACAAAAGAAAAAGGUAACUCUAAAAAUAUGUUAGAGCCUCUUACAAAUACGUCAACAGAAGAUGAUGAUGCUUAAAUUGUUAGGUUGAGACUUGGGAGAAUGUUAUCUUUCCAUUUUCGCAGUACUUUUCUUUCUUUCCACUUUUAGUUUCUUUUGAAGAAAAUAAUAGAAAGGUUUAAGGGUUCUCUAACUUGUCUUUCUCUCACAGUUAAGAAAAAGGGCGAAACCGAUGGAAACUCCAGAGUGUACAAUAGAACUAUGUCCCGACCUGAUCUUAGACGAUGUUGGAGGUGCGUUUGGCAUGGGUAUUGCCGGAGGAUCCGCCUUUCAUUUCAUCAGAGGAAUCUACAACUCUCCGGCCGGGGCUCGUCUCUCCGGCGGCGCUGAGUAUGUACGUAUGAACUCCCCGAGAGUCGGAGGAAGCUUCGCCGUAUGGGGUGGUCUCGUGUUGAGCUUUGCCUGCGCUAUGGAGUACGCGAGACAUAAGGAAGAUUCAUGGAAUUUGAUCUUUGCGGGCGUCGCCACUGGAGGUCUUUUAUCGCUGCGUCAAGGCUUCCGCGUGUCUCGUAACACGGCUUUAUUCAGUGGUGCGCUUGCAGCUCUCACAGUAGGAACCUGGACCGCUGUGGAUAAAUUCACGAGUGCAGCGCAGAACGACGAGGCUUUCAUGGAUGAUGCGGCCUCGUUACCAUCUUGUGUGCACAUUUGUCAGGUUCUUGGUCUGUCUGUGCCGGAGACUUCUUUUGGUUCGGUGGCAGGUUCGAGAUGUUGGUUUGAGAGUGGGAAGAAGGAGUCUGAGGAUAAGUCAGUGAGUACAUCUCAGAUUCUGGAGAGCUUUGAUGCGCCUCAUGCGCCAACCAAUGAGUUUAACUAAAGGGAUGAUUGGUUGGGGCUGUAGAUGCUCUGGACAGCCAAAAUUUAGUCUACAGCUAUAUAUGUCAACCUAUCGAGCUUUGCUUUCUUUAAAAAACUCACAGCAAAAAAAUCUCUGCAAAAUCAAAAUAUGGCUGUAGAGAGCUUUAUUUCCAAAGCAAAAAAUUAGUGCUUUAGAAAUCUACAGCAAAGAAAGUUACAGCAAAUAAAUCUACAGAUUAAAUUCUACAGCAAAAAAUAUAAAGCUACAGCACUUACCAAUCAUCCCCUUAGACUUGGUAAUUUUUCCAUCAUGCACGGGUAUAAAUAUUUAUAAAAUAAAUAUACUAUAAUCAUUAAUUGUUAUUUAUUUUUAAUUUUAAAUUAAUUUAUAAUUUGUACACAUAAUUU